GAACGCGGCCGUCCUUCCGCCUGAGGCUGCGCGCUGCGGCGCCACUUGAAGCGGCGGCGCAUGGAGAACCCAGCGAAGUAUGUGUCGUCGGUGCAGGGGACCGACUCCGCGCCGGUGCCGCUCAGGGAGAUACUGUGGAACGGCACCGAAUCGGAGGCGACGGGUGAAAAAAGCGAGAGGGACGGCGUGGUUGCGCGAGCCGUGACAGGGUGUUUGCUGUUCCUCCUCAUCCUGUGGACCCUGCUGGGGAACAUCUUGGUGUGCUCGGCGGUGCUGCGCUCACGCCACUUGAGGACCAAAGUGACCAACAUCUUUAUCGUGUCCUUGGCUCUGUCGGAUCUGUUCGUGGCCGUGCUGGUGAUGCCAUGGAAGGCUGUGGCGGAGGUGGCGGGAUACUGGCCGUUUGGCACUUUCUGCAACAUUUGGGUGGCUUUCGACAUUAUGUGCUCCACCGCCUCCAUCCUCAACCUUUGCAUCAUCAGCGUGGACAGAUACUGGGCUAUCUCCAGUCCCUUUCGCUACGAGAGGAAAAUGACUCAGAGGGUCGCGUUCGUCAUGAUUAGCAUCACUUGGACGCUGUCCGUGCUCAUUUCAUUCAUACCGGUCCAACUCAACUGGCACAAAGCCAGCGGGGACGACGCGGCCGGGACGAGCAACGCCUCAGCGGCUCGUCCGACGGAGGAGAACUGCGACUCCAGCCUGAGCCGAGAAUACGCCAUCUCCUCGUCGUUGAUUAGUUUCUACAUCCCGGUGGCAAUUAUGAUUGUGACUUACACUCGAAUCUACCGGAUUGCCCAAAUCCAAAUCAGGAGGAUCGCUUCUCUCGAGAGAGCCGCGGAACACGCGCAAAGUUGCCGGACCAACAGACUCGAGUGCCACCACCACAACACUUUAAAGACCUCCAUCAAGCGGGAAACCAAAGUGUUCAAAACCCUCUCGGUGAUUAUGGGCGUCUUUGUGUGUUGCUGGUUGCCCUUCUUCGUCCUCAACUGCAUGGUUCCGUUCUGCAACAAGCCGCCCACAGACCGGGACGCGGGCCUGCCUUGCGUCAGCGAGACCACCUUCGACGUGUUCGUGUGGUUCGGCUGGACUAACUCCUCCCUGAACCCCAUCGUUUACGCGUUCAACGCCGAGUUCAGGAAAGCCUUCGCCAGUUUGUUGGGCUGCCGCUACUUCUGCUCCAGCACGCCCGUAGAAACGGUCAACAUCAGCAACGAGCUGGUGUCCUACAACCAGGACACCAUAAUCCACAAGGAGAUCGCCAACGCCUACGUCAACAUCAUCCCCAACGUGGUGGAAUGCGAGGACACUUUCGACAGGAUCUCGCAGCUCACCGCCAACAACGACAACGCCACCGACUCCGUGUGUGACUUGGAGGACUGCGAGGCCGUGGUCAGUCUCGACAGGAUGUCGCCGUUCGCACCCAACGGAUUACACUAACCGCAGGCCCCGCGACGAGCGGCCCCAGCCCCCACGGACAGCCACCAUUGCGUCAUUGGAUGUACCGGUAGUCACUUUGUCGUUCCGUUCUCCUUCCCGCAGAUCAGGUCCACGCUGUCAAAAACUCAAGAGUCCACUUCUGUCCCGAGAGGUACAAACAAUAUUUGCCACGGUACCCUUUCCAAGCCAGUGAAGUGUUCUCGAAAGCGUUCAAGGGUCCACUCCAUUCCAUCGUACCCCUAAAGCGACAGUACUCUACUUAUUUUCUGAGCGUGCUUACUCCUGUGACUUGCUCAUGGACACUUGGGGCAGGACGAAUUUGUCUGCACCCAUCCAGCCUGCCUGCUGCCGCUU